AUCCUGCACAUUCAUAUGAGUCUUUCUGUCCCUUUGUCUCUCAGUGGAAUUUGUCACCAAAGUAAACUUGACUUCUCUCUAAACAGUCUGUGGUACUUGAAUGGAAACUACCUGGUCAUCAUGGUCUCUGCCAGCAUCAUCCUGCCCUUAGCUCUGAUGAAACAGCUCGGUUACCUUGGCUACGCCAGCGGCUUUUCUCUCAGCUGCAUGGUGUUCUUUCUGUCUUCAGUAACCUAUAAGAAGUUUCAGAUCCCUUGCCCUUUUGAAGAUUUCUCAGUCAAUAGCACCGUUGCACACCUUGGCUUGAAUGAUUCCAGCCACAUCCAUGGCAGCAGUGAGAGUUUGCUUCAAGAAGACAAUGACUCACACUGCACCCCACGCAUGUUCACCAUCAAUUCACAGACGGCGUAUACAAUCCCAAUUUUGGCUUUUGCCUUUGUUUGCCACCCUGAGGUGCUACCCAUCUACACUGAGCUACGCAAUCCAACAAAGAAGAAGAUGCAAAAGGUUUCCAACGUCUCCAUCCUUGUCAUGUACACCAUGUACUUUCUGGCUGCUCUUUUUGGCUACCUGACUUUUUAUGGUAAAGUGGAGCCAGAGCUACUGCAUACUUACAACCGCAUCGAUCCCUUUGAUGUUCUGAUCUUGUGUGUUCGAGUAGCUGUCCUGACCGCUGUGACACUGACAGUUCCAGUUGUGUUGUUCCCUGUACGCAGGGCCAUCCAAGAGAUGAUUUUCCCCAGCAGGUCCUUCAACUGGUUACGUCACACCAGCAUUGCUUUCCUUCUUCUCACCUUAAUCAACAUGCUGGUGAUAUUUGCUCCUAAUAUUUUGGGAAUAUUCGGCAUUAUUGGUGCCACAUCGGCUCCAUGCCUUAUUUUCAUUUUCCCCGCUAUCUUCUACAUCCGCAUCGUUCCCAAGGAGGACGAACCCAUGAACUCCACCUCGAAAAUACUGGCUGCUUGUUUUGCCGCUCUGGGCCUCUCCUUCAUGGUGAUGAGUCUGAGCUUCAUUAUCAUCGACUGGACAUCAGGGAACAGCCUGUCUGCGGGAGGUCACUAACAGCUGUGCUGCCUGCUUCCAUGCACAGAGUUUGGAAGAUAUUUGUUCGAUAUGUUUUAUUGAAAGGAAGUAGAACACAGUACCAGAAAGUCCAGCAUGGAGUCUGGAUUUGCUACAUUACAAAAUACACACUAUGAUAUAUAUACCGGUAACACUAAAUGAAUCAAUAGCUUUAUUAUAUCUCAACAAACAGCUGAACAAAAAUCUUCCCUGUGCUGCAUUUUAUAAUUUAAUUUUUUUUUAUAUCACAGAGUAUUUCAUAUACAUUUUAUUAAAAUGAAACAACAAACUCCACAUGAGAUGGUGAAAUUGCCCUCCUCUGCUGCUAUGGCUUUAAUGAAGCUGGUUCUGUGCAUAUAAAUAAUAACAAAAUAUUUUAAUUCUCCUCAAUGAUACGCACAAGCAGGAGCAGUCAGGUGAUCUUGUGUAAAACCAGAAUCAAUCUUAUCUGCUCAUCAUCAUCAUCAUGUUUGAAUGUUUGUGUGCCAUUCUAAUAAAUAAAGUGCUUUAUGACUAUAGAAAUGAUCGUUUUGCUUUUUGAAAACGUUUACUCUUCAUCGGCAAAACAGCAGUGCCUUUUAUAGUUUAGAAUGGCAUAAAAACAUUCGAAAAUGUUUAUUUAUUUAGUAAAUAGAGGUGUUCUUAUCUGAUUUCAAAUGAUCUAUAUUUAACUGCUGUGUAUGUUCACAUGCAUUAUACUUGAUUUUUUUUUAUUUUAUGGUGGUACAAACUAGCAAUAUUUGAUAAUACUAAUAUUUCCUCCCAUUAAAUCUUUUAGCCCAAACAUACUGCGAUAUUGAAAAUUUGCUUACUGUAGAGUAUGCUACUGACCCUUUAGCUGACUAGUGUACAUUAUCUAUCAUUUCAUUUGUUAUUUAUAGGCAUGCCUGGUAAAAGCGGUUAAAAGCCAAAAUCUCAAGAUUACAAAGACUAACAUUUCUCUGUUGUACCCGAAUAGCAUGUAUUUCCUUUUGCCUUAAUAUAAAGAGCGACUGGGCGAAAUUGACCACUGUGUGAAAUUUAUCGUCCAGGAAACAGGU